UGAGCGGCCUUGCGAGGCACCAAGGCGCCGUCCCGUCCGGGCCCCGCUACCUGCCCGGCGGUGCCCCCCUUGUCUCCUUCGGACCUGACCAUGCUGCCCAACACGGGGAAGUUGGCAGGAUGCACUCUCUUUAUCACGGGUGCAAGUCGUGGCAUUGGAAAAGCGAUUGCCUUGAAGGCGGCAAAGGAUGGGGCAAACAUUGUCAUAGCUGCUAAGACGGGAGUGCCGCAUCGCACGCUCCCGGGAACGAUCUAUACUGCUGCAGAAGAAAUUGAAGCAGCUGGGGGAAAGGCUUUACCAUGUAUUGUUAAUGUGAGGGAAGAAGAUCAAAUUAUUGAUGCAGUGGAUCAGGCUGUUCAGAAAUUUGGAGGAAUAGACAUUGUUGUGAACAACGCAAGUGCUAUCUCUUUGACUGGCACGCUGGAAACACCUAUGAAGAAAGUGGACCUUAUGAUGAGCGCCAACACAAGAGGAACCUACCUUACAUCUAAAAUAUGCCUUCCUUACUUGAAAAAGAGUAAGAUUGGUCAUAUCCUUAAUAUCAGCCCGCCAAUAAAUUUAAAUCCAGUCUGGUUCAAAAACCACUGUGCGUAUACCAUUUCUAAAUAUGGAAUGUCCAUGUGCGUGCUGGGCAUGGCAGAAGAAUUUAGAGGAGAUGUUGCAGUGAAUGCUUUAUGGCCUCAAACAGCUAUAUAUACUUCUGCAAUGGAUAUGUUGGGAGGAGCUGGUGUGGAGAAACAGUGCCGGAAAACGGAUAUUCUAGCCGAUGCAGCAUAUUGCAUUUUAUCAAAGCCCAAAAGUUUCACUGGAAACUUCGUUAUUGAUGAAAAUUUGUUGAGAGAAGAAGGAAUCAAGAAUUUUGAUGCAUAUGCAGUUGCCCCAGGUCACCCUUUGCUGCCAGAUUUCUUUUUAGAUGUGGAUCCUGAGAUGUUAGCAAUGAAAAUGGAAGCACAAGGAGCUUCUCCGACAUUCAGAGAGGGGAAAAUGCAAGAUGUUUCCAAGCAUGAAGGUCCUGACAAAACUAAACCUGACGGUCCUGAGAGAACCAAGCUUCAUGUGCAUUUUGCUGCGGAAAAUGUUGCAGGGCCUGUGGCAGAGACUUUUAAAGUUAUAAAAGGAGCAAUUACUGAAGACGUCAUAAAGUCAAUUCAAGGAGUCUAUCGGUUUGAAUUAUCUGGUGAAGAAGGAGGAACGUGGUAUAUUGAUCUUAAAAGCCAAGGUGGCAGUGCAGGAAGUGGAGAACCACCUGGAAAAGUUGAUGUGGUUAUGACCAUGUCUAGUAGUGACUUUGUAAAAAUGUUUUCAGGCAAACUAAAGCCAACCAUGGCUUUCAUGUCUGGAAAGCUGACCAUCAAGGGUGACAUGGCCUUAGCAAUCAAGUUGGAAAAACUGAUGGGUCAGUUCACUGCCAAACUGUGAUUAUAAAUGGGUGAUUCAUGUGUAACAUUGAACUUCCAAUAAAUACACAAUGCUUUGCUGUUCAAGAUACCAGUGCCUGCUCUUUAACACAUUAUGAUUUAAAACAUAGUUUCCUAGGCACGUGGCUUUUGUGGGAUACCUGGGGCCCUUUUCUAACUUGAUUUACUUUGAAUGAAAUCCUGUUGAAUAAAGUGAGAUGUAUUUCCUAGGAAGAGUGUUCAGGAUCAAGGUGGGGCACAUUACUUUUCUGAUGAGAAUCAAUACACCAUCAUUGUAUAAAACAACUUUCUCUCAUUCAUAGAGGUGCUGGACUAGAAAAUGUUGCCCUUUUAUUUUCUUUUUUCUGACCCAUCAAUGUUUCUGUUUUCUUAAGUGCUGGAUUCUCUUAAAAAUAAUUCACUAAUGAUUACACAAAAUGAAUUGCAUUGAUUUGCAUGGCUAUAAGCUAGGCAAAUCCCAGGAAGGGAAACUUGAUCCUUUGCCCUGUUACUUUUCAAAACCUAGGCCUGACAUUGCAAACUUUUAUUAGAAUCAUUAAGACUGAAAAACUUUACAGGAGUACACUAGUGUUAAAUGGCAGAUUUAUUGCCUCUUCUGUCUUUUUGUUCAUGGUAUUGAUGCUUUGGAAGCACAGGUGCCUUUUCAUGUUUUUUGUGUUUUUUUAAACCCACCAGUACCUAUAUGAGUUUCAAUUACAGAAUCACUUAUUUCCUUAAGGAAUUAUAACUCUUUUGAACCAAGCUCAGGUGCUAAAGGAUUUAAAAGCAAACCCAAACAACCAGUAUUUACCUUAAUUACUAUGUGACUAUCUCGGUAAUAUUUUAGAAUAAAAUAUUUUUAAAUGCAUUUGUUGCUGUGAAAACGUAAGUUCCUGCCAAACUGUAUGUACAAAGAUAGCUGAAAUAAAAUGUAUCUUUCUGUGUGUA